GUAUCAAAAAUAUAUAAAUAGAUAGUAUACAUAACAAGAAUACAAGUACUUAAACACUGUUAACUUCAGCUGAAUAUUCACCAUUAUAUUUGAAAUACAAUAUAUUUUAGGAUUUGAAGAAUACAAGGAAAAUAUAUAGAUAAAAAGAUGUAUAAAUAGCCGAUGUGCUGUAAGCUUCCGAACACCACGUCAACAAACCGGCAUGCGUGAACUGUUGACGUUUUAUUAUCACAACAACUUUACAGUAUAACAAUUUGGAUGUGUUCGGAUGACAUAGCACUACCACCGAGUGAGGAUGGGUUGGUCCAUUCUUCAGUCAUUUUCAAAACGGCAAUUCCAAGCCAGUUGGAGCCUGCCACUUGCUACUGUUGCAAGGAAAUUUUGCUCAGAGUUCAACUUAGCUAAAUGUAUCACCUUGAACCAGAAGCCACCCCCAUGGAAAGUAAUGUUCUUUGGGACUGAUGACUUCUCUCUUAAGAGCUUGGAGGUACUGCACAUGGAGCUGAUGAAAGGAGGAUUGAUAAAAAGAUUAGAUGUUGUAUCAGUGCCCCUGAAGAAGUCCCUGACAGUUGUACGACAUUUUUGUCAAAAGGAAGGACUUCAGAUAACUGACUGGCCAGUGACUGUACCCCAAGGAGUAUAUGAUGUUGGUAUUGUGGCAUCUUUUGGACACCUUAUUCCUGCAUCAGUCAUCAAUGCCUUUCCUAUGGGAAUUGUAAAUGUACAUGGGUCCCUGUUACCACGGUGGAGGGGGGCAGCACCAGUCAUCCAUGCUCUGCUAAACCAAGACCAACAGACUGGGAUCACCUUGAUGAGGAUUGCACCCUUCAGGUUUGAUGUUGGACAUGUGAUAUGCAAAGUAGUGGUACCAGUAGAAUGGAACAUCAAAAGCAGAGCAUUGACAGCACAAUUGGCAGAGGUGGGAGCUCAGGAGCUAUUGUCUAUUCUUCCUAAUCUUCCACAACACCUCAGGGAAGCUAGCCCUCAGUCAACUGAAGGCAUUACAAGAGCUCCUAAGGUUAAUGAAGCAGCAUCAAGGGUAUGGUGGGUCAAGUGGUCCUGCAGUGAUGUUCAGGCUCAUUAUCGUGCUUUGGAUGACUACACACCAUUGUGGUCUCUUUGGCAGGGGACACCUAUCAGACUAAGGAGUAUGGUGAUGCAGAAGAAAUGGUCCAAUAACAAGAUAGAUGACAAGAUGCAAAUUAAUGGAUGUGGAAGUGAAAGUGAAAAUAGAGAAAGUGAAUUUAUAAAAGAUGUACACAAUUAUUGUAGAAAUGAUUCUGCAACAAAAAAUCAAUUUGUGAUGAAAAACAGUACUAAGGCUCAUCUUAGUGAUAAUAUUGACAAUUGUAGCCAAAAAAAUGUUGAAAGAACAAUUCCAGGAAGUGUGAUGUAUAACAGGAAAGCUAAGGAAAUUAGGGUUCACUGCAGAGAUGGCUGGGUUACAUUUCAACACGUAAUGUUGAAAGGACGCAAACUCAUGACUGCCCAGGACUUCUACAAUGGUUUCAUGAGCAAAGUUUCUAAAGAUUUACACAGAUUCACCUAAUACAUAUACCAUUCUGUAAAGUGAGAACAAUGUGAGAUAUACAAAGUAUUAAGGCAUUUGAAUGUAGAAAAGGCUUCAAACAGACAAAAUGUAAAGUCUUGAAUAUCGGGUUUUUCGAAGUAUAUUGGCAAAAUGAAUGCUUCACAUAUGUUAACCAGUAUAAAAGCAAGCUAAGUUGCCAGAGAAUACUAAUAUUCAUUAUUGUUCCAUUUCAAAUACAAAAAUAUAACUGUGAUGAUUCCUAUAGUUAUAGAGGGACAAGCUUACACAGUGUAUCCAGGUGUCAUAAUUUUAAAUGAGAUACUGAUGGCAACACUAGAUGAAAUGUAAAUAAGACAGGAAACAUUAACCCCUUCAACACAAGAACAUAUUUUGUGUCAAAAGAGUGCUCAUAACAUAUCUGAGGAUGUGCAUACCAUUUCAUGGCUAUAUUAGGCUAAGAUGAUGUCAUUUUUUCCCCCAGAUACAGUAGACCUUUCAAAAUGUAGGUCAGAUGUGAUAUAAUGGAUUAUUUGACUUUCAUCAUUAUUACAAAGAUGUAUGAUUUGUUCAGACUGAGAUAAGUACUGAUGUGCCCUGCUGGCAAUAAUUUUAUUUUAUGGAAUAUUAAUUUACCAUAAAAAUGAACAUCUGUUGAAAAUGGCCAAGAGCAAGCAAAUUAUAAUACUUUUUCUUUAAAAUUUGUGUUGGUUUACUUCAUGAUGUAUGUACCAUGAAUGAAAAACUUACUAUCUAUUGUCAUUCUUAUUUCUGUAGGAGAGAGAGAGAGAGAGAGAGAGAGAGAGAGAGAGAGAGAGAGAGAGAGAGAGAGAGAGAGAGAGAGAGAGAGAGAGAGAGAGAGAGAGAGAGAGAGAGAGAGAGAGAGAGAGAGAGAGAGUUGCCUCUGAGACAUCACCUCCCAGAUUAGAUACAGUGCCAGGAGCUGUUUUCUGUUCCUCUGAGUGAAGAAGUUAAGGAAUGGUAAAAGAUGUUGUGGACCUUAAGAAGGCAAAGGAUGAUGGAAAGAUUAGAUGUGUUGGAUUUAUGGAGUAGAUGGCAUCUUGUUUAGAAACAAGGACACAAUGCCAGUGCAUGUUUUUUUAAAACAGAAUAGAGCAAGGGUUAGAUUAACACAAGUGUGUGGAGUUAGUUUAGCAGCUCAAUAUGCACAUGGAUGGUUUCAUCAAGAGAUGAAAGCCAGAAUGAGAUUUUGGAAUGCCAAGAUUAACUUGACACCAGGAGUCUUCACAGAUUAUGUAGUGCUACUGGUAAUGUAAAAAAACAAUGAAAGGUGCACAUCUUGUAUGAAUACAGUAAGCCCCUGCGCUUGGUGAAUUUAUUAGUCUGGUGAAACUACCGCCAAAUGCGAAUUUCGCCAAGCACAAGUUCUUUAUACCAUAUAAAUUGCCUAAAAAAUACCUCAAUCAGUUUUUGGUCAUUGCCAAAGUCUCUCUUUUGACCCCUAAAGUACCAUA